UCCCAUCGUGUGCAGCCUAUCUCAGCUGGUCUGCCAAAAGACCCCCUGAGUGUCAGCCCUAGUCCCCUGCACGGCCCCAUUUCCUCUCUGACAAGAUGAAAGAAACGAUCAUGAAUCAGGAGAAACUUGCCAAACUGCAGGCACAAGUGCGCAUUGGUGGAAAAGGAACUGCACGCAGAAAGAAGGUGGUUCAUAGAACACCUACAGCAGAUGACAAAAAACUUCAGUUCUCCUUAAAGAAAUUAGGGGUAAACAAUAUCUCUGGUACUGAAGAGGUGAAUAUGUUUACAAAUCAAGGAACGGUGAUCCACUUUAAUAAUCCUAAAGUCCAGGCAUCUCUGGCAGCAAACACUUUCACCAUUACCGGCCAUGCUGAGACAAAGCAGUUGACAGAAAUGUUACCCAGCAUCUUAAACCAGCUUGGCGCAGAUAGCCUGAGUAGUUUAAGAAGACUGGCUGAAGCCCUGCCCAAACAAUCUGUGGAUGGAAAAGCACCACUUGCUACUGGAGAAGAUGAUGAUGAAGUUCCAGAUCUUGUGGAGAAUUUUGAUGAG